GAGCAGAGACUGAGUCCUCGAGGGGGCCCACCCGCCGCCCACUCCCCAACCCGCCUGGCAUCCCAACCCUCGACCCCCGGCCAGCGGCGGGGGCCAGCAGCUGUGGCCCCCGGCUGGGCGGUGGGCGGGCGGAGCCAAGGGCCGCCCCCGGCCGGUCCCUCCCCCAGCCGGGUCCGCCCCUCCCCGCCGCUGCGCUGAAGGAGGGCGGGGCGGGGCCCCCCGGGUCAGUCUCAGCCUCCCGCAUUGGCCGCGCAGCUGGAGGCAGCGGAGCGGAAGCCCCAACCAUGGCUGCAAUCAGAAAGAAGCUGGUGAUUGUCGGAGAUGGGGCCUGUGGGAAGACCUGCCUCCUCAUCGUCUUCAGCAAGGACCAGUUCCCAGAGGUCUACGUCCCCACUGUCUUUGAGAACUACAUCGCAGACAUAGAGGUGGACGGCAAGCAGGUGGAGCUGGCUCUGUGGGACACGGCCGGGCAGGAAGACUACGAUCGCCUGCGGCCUCUCUCCUACCCGGACACUGACGUCAUCCUCAUGUGCUUCUCCAUCGACAGCCCCGACAGCCUGGAAAACAUUCCUGAGAAGUGGACCCCGGAGGUGAAGCACUUCUGCCCCAACGUGCCCAUCAUCCUAGUGGGGAACAAGAAGGACCUGAGGCAAGAUGAGCAUACGAGGAGAGAGCUGGCCAAGAUGAAGCAGGAGCCCGUGCGAUCUGAGGAGGGCCGGGACAUGGCAAACCGGAUCAGUGCCUUUGGCUACCUCGAGUGCUCAGCCAAGACCAAGGAGGGGGUGAGGGAGGUAUUUGAGAUGGCCACUCGGGCUGGCCUCCAGGUUCGCAAGAAUAAGCGCCGGAGGGGUUGUCCCAUUCUCUGAGAUCCACAAGGCCUCCCCUGUUCCCCCCCUUCCCUUCAUAGGGUUGCAGAGCUGCCCACCUCCUGGCCCCAUCUUCUUAGGGCUCCUUGCUGAAGGCUCCCUUUUCAGUUCCUUCCAGCCCAGGACUGCAUCUGAAUUUCUGAAUUUUGCCAGCCCCCCUCCAGCAACCCCGUGGUGGUGGUGGUGGUGGUGGUGGCCUGGCCCUCCUUCCCUAUACUCUGGAACCUAGGGCAAUUCCCUGCCCUUCCAAGAGCAGAGUUCCUCCUCCUGCUGCCUUGGUCUAGGGGUGGGGCUCUUGAUCCCUUCAGCCUUCCCCAUAAGAUCAUCACACACCAGCACUUUAUACACUUCUGGCUCACGGGAGUGUCUGGGGUAGGGGACUUGGAGGGUGUAACCCAGAGCCCCGGGCCCCUGACGGUUCUGCUUUGGACUGGGGCCUAGACUCUGGCUCUUCUUGGUGGGGGGACACGAAUAAAGGCCACAGGCUCCAA